AUUCCAAGACUGCAGGUGGUUUGGUUUCAGGACAACAAAGGGACGAAUGCCCAAGUCCAGGACUGUGUAAAAACGUGCAAACCAUCGCCUUUCAAUAGUUCCUGUCGGCUACUACACUGCUAUCCUUUCAAAUCUCGGGGCUUCAGGCCUCGGGUGGUUGAUUUGAUCAGGAUAGAAAGGAUCCAGGCAACAGAGAUCAGCGUUGAAGACAGACAACGAUCUGACCCUGAAUUGUACAUGUAGCCCGACCAUCUCACAUUUCCAGUAACCACAGCGAAUUGUCAAGAUGAAUGCGAUCGAUGGCUCCUCCCACGUCGAAGUUAAUGCUACGGGCCAGACCCCCUCUCUCCUCACCAUUGUUAUCGAUACAAACCCGCGGGGUUGGGCAGCGCUGAAGGACACUCUGCCAUUUUCGAAAGCCAUCGCAAAUAUACUUGUUUUCAUCAAUGCCCACCUGGCAUUCGGCAAUGACAACCAGGUCGCUGUUCUCGCAGCGCAUAGCAACAAGGCCGUGUGGCUGUAUCCGAAGUCGCCCCAUUCUGAUAGAGAACCAAAUGGAUCAACAGAUGGAGAUGUCGAGAUGAAGGAUGUAGAUGACGACAAGGACCGUGGAAACGCAAACAAAUACCCGCAAUUCAGUGCGAUCGAGUCCUCGAUUCUGUCUUCGCUGCAGUCGCUCAUCAAGUCAACACUGCCAUCCACUUUACCACCAACGACCUUGAUCGCCGGCGCACUGUCACAAUCGCUGUCACAUAUCCAUAAAACCUCCCUCUCGUUCGCGCCGCCAAAAGCUUCCACCGACCCAGCCGCCCCAUCUACAGCAGUAACCCUCACGCCCUCUCAACCGACGUUACACGCUCGCAUCCUCAUUGUUUCCGUCUCGGAUUCGGAGCCCUCACAAUACAUACCAACGAUGAACGCUGUGUUCGCCGCUAGUCACGCGCGAAUACCCAUCGAUACGCUCUCUUUGUCCCAACAUUGCAGUCCGACCUUCCUUCAGCAGGCAGCCGUCAUCACAGGCGGUGUGUUCCUGUCCGCUGCGCUCAAUCCACGUGGCCUCCUAACCUACCUCAUGUUUGGGCUCCUUGCCGACGCCGAAGCGCGCAACUCCGUCACCCUUCCCACACAAGACUCGGUGGACUUUAGAGCAGCGUGUUUCUGUCACCGCAAGGUGGUCGACACAGGGUUCGUGUGUAGCAUCUGCUUGAGCAUUUUCUGCGAGGUGCCUCAAGGAGCCGAGUGCCUUACAUGCGGGACGAAAUUAGCGCUUGGAAGCUAUGGUGCGAACCCCGCCGUGGUGCCGCGGAAGAAGAAGAAAAGAAAGAAGGCCCUCAAUGGGGUGAUGGACAGAGACGCAUCGGGGAGUGCGGCGGGAACGCCUGUGCCUGGAUGAUGAGAGGGGUCACCAAGUGAACAAUUUGGAGUCCGUAAUGAUGCUGGAAGACAAAGGUACUGGUGUAUCGGGCGGGCUUCGGCGGUCGGCUGGCCUGGUGCUGCAUCUUGUCAUAAUGCACCUCAAAAGGCCGACACCGAAUGCCUUGUUGAUAUUCGGCAGCUUCGCGAGAUCUGUAUGGACCUGAGUUGCAUAAUGGUUGCAGGUUGAAAAAUAAUGCCGUAAUGCCAAGCUAACUUGCAUGGAAGGGGAUGGGCACGGCGUUGGGAGCAUAUGGGCUCUCCUUGCUUGCAUAGUAGGUCCGAUCUGGAUUGAUACCAUAUAAGCCAUAAAAGAAAAACUGCUGUACAGCAUAGGAAAU